AUGAGGCCGUUUUGUUAUGGACCGGAGACGCUGCUCCUGGUGGGGUUCUUCUGGACGGCGACCAUCUUGCUCUUCUACUUUAUGAGCGAUGUCGGAAUGGAGGGACCUAGAUUUUCGGUAAUUUUAAUUUUUUUGUAUAUGCAAAUUUUUUUAAAUUUUUUAAAUUUGCAAAAAUUAAUUUCGAUUUUUUUGAAGGUUGACGGAGCUUUGAAAAUCCAUUUUUUUUUCUUUUUAAAUCUGAUUUAAUUUUUUGAAUAUGCAAAUUAUUGAAAUUUUUGAAAUUUGCAUAAAAUUUGAAUAUAGUUAAAAAUCAAAUAGCCAAAGGCUUUUCAUCAUUAUUUUGGCAAAAACCAGUCAUUUUAACGCGUUUCCAACAAAAAAAGUUCAAAUUUCCCGCCAAAUUUGAAAAUCUUGGCAUUCUGUUUCAAGCGCUGAUUUUGCCAAAAAUGGCUCAAAAACAUCUCCGCAUGCAAUUUUAUGCAAAUAUUCUUGGCCUUUGACCCCAGAAACGCCUUUAAAUCCAAAUUUUCAGCCCAAUUCCUACAACGCUAUUUCGCGUCCGCCAAUCCAAGUCCCAACGCCCGAAGAAAAGUACAAAUACCUUCAAAUCCCACCAGACAUGGUGGUCUAUCAGCCCCGCGGAGAGCAAGUGCCUUGGAUGGAAUUUGAUCAGGAGAAAUUCUUGGCCAAAGGACGGCUAAAAGAAGGGGAGGAUCGGUACGAAAAGAACAAGUUCAAUCAAGCCGCAUCGGAUUCGAUCCCGAUGAAUCGAGAAAUCAUAGAUUCCAGAGAGAACAGGUGCGUUGAAGAGUAAAUUGUCGGGGAAAUCAAGCGACUAGCUCUUCUGGAAAGUCAUCAGACAUAUUUUGAAAAAAAUUACAAAAAAUAAUCUUUCCACUUCAGCUGUAAGUCCGUCAACUACUCCAACGACCUUCCCGCCACCUCCAUCAUCAUCACCUAUCAUAACGAGGCGCGUUCGACGCUGCUACGGACGAUCUACUCCAUUUUCCUCCGAUCUCCUGCCAAAUUUUUGAAAGAAAUUAUCUUGGUCGACGACUUCUCCAACGACACCUCCAUUGGUGUGGAAUUGGCCGAAAUGCGAUGGGUCAAAGUUAUCAGGAACACGAAACGCGAGGGACUGAUCCGGUCGAGGGUAAAAGGAGCGGCGCUGGCUGAAGCGGAGGUGCUGACUUUCCUCGACUCCCAUGUGGAAUGCAAUGUGAAUUGGCUGGAGCCGUUGUUGGCACGUGUCGUUGAGGUGGGUGAUACAUUUCUAGAAUAAAUUUUCUUACAUUUACGACUGGUAUUUUUUAGUUUUUUUUGAAAAAGAUUUCCUUGGUCCCCCCUGUUGAUUUUUUUCGGAAUUUCAAAAAAAUUUGCUAGACGUUUUUUACCUAUCUGUCGGGAAAAUAAUGAGCAAUAUCGCAUCAAAAAUCGCAUAGCCGCCGAUAAAAUGAAUUGUGUCGCGGCAAAAACAAAUUGCUUUUCCCUAGCGAUCGGCGCAGCGACAGUGUGCUCAUUAUUUUCCCGACAAACUGAUACUUUUUAUGUUGCGGCUAGUGUUGUCUACACAGUGUUGAGAUUUUGCAAAAUUUUCUGCGAUUUUUUGAAAAUUUGAAAAAAAACGGUUUUUUCAGAAAUUAAAAUUUUUAUUUCAUUGGUCUGCUGUGUCUUUAUGAAAAUUCCAACUGAAUUCUAAUGCAGUUAUAUUGCGCAGAAACUCGGGCAAGCUAAAAGAAAAAUCGCGAUUUUUCGAUAUCCAAAAAAAAAUUUUUUGCUUGGUCCCCCCUGUCAAUUUUUCAAAAAAAUUUUAUUUCUCAAAUUCCAAUAUUUGCGUUACAGUAUGCCUCGACUGUCCAUAAAAUACCUCUCUCAAAUUUUCAGAACCCCAAAGCCGUUGUGGCGCCAGUCAUCGGCAUCGAUUAGAUUUCCAAAUUUUUUUUUCGCUUGGUCCCCCCUGUCGAAUUUUUCAAAAAAUUUUUAUUUUUCAAAUUCCAAUUUUUACGUUACAGUAUGCCUCGACUGUCCAUAAAAUACCUCUCUCAAAUUUUCAGAACCCCAAAACCGUUGUGGAUUUAUCAGCAUCGAUUCGAUUUCCAAAUUUUUGUUCGCUUGGUCCCCCCUGUCAAUUUUUUCAAAAAAAUUUAUUUUUCAAAUUGACCCUUUUUCGUUACAGUAUGCCUCGACUGUCCAUAAAAUACCUCUCUCAAAUUUUCAGAACCCCAAAACCGUUGUGGAUUUAUCAGCAUCGAUUCGAUUUCCAAAUUUUUGUUCGCUUGGUCCCCCCUGUCAAUUUUUUCAAAAAAAUUUAUUUUUCAAAUUGACCCUUUUUCGUUACAGUAUGCUUUCCAUGUCCUCAAAAUACCUCUCCCAAAAUUUCAGAACCCCAAAGCCGUAGUGGCGAUCGUUACCAGCGUAAAUUUUUUUCGCUUGGUCCCCCCUGUCAAUUUUUCAAAAAAAAUUAUUUUUCAAAUUGACCCUUUUACGCUACGGUAUACUUAUCAUGUCCUCAAAAUACCUCUCUCAAAUUUUCAGAACCCCAAAGCCGUUGUGGCGAUCGUUCCCAGCGUCGAUUAGAUUUUCAAAAUUGUUUUCGCUUGGUCCCCCCUGUCAAUUUUUUCAAAAAAAUUUAUUUUUCAAAUUGACCCUUUUUCGUUACAGUAUGCUUUCCAUGUCCUCAAAAUACCUCUCCCAAAAUUUCAGAACCCCAAAGCCGUAGUGGCGAUCGUUACCAGCGUAAAUUUUUUUCGCUUGGUCCCCCCUGUCAAUUUUUCAAAAAAAAUUUAUUUUUCAAAUUGACGCCUUUACGUUACAGUAUGCUUUCCAAGUCCAUAAAAUACCUCUCCCAAAAUUUCAGAACCCCAAAGCCGUUGUGGCGCCCGUCAUCGACGUGAUCAGCAUGGACUCGUUCAACUACGUGCCGGCCAGCGCGGACCUUCGCGGCGGGUUCGGCUGGAACCUCGUGUUCAAAUGGGAUUUCAUGCUGCGCGAGCAGCGCCUCCACCGCAAAGCCCACCCCACGGCGCCGGUGCGGACGCCGGCCAUGGCGGGCGGGCUGUUCAUGAUCCGGAAGCGGUGGUUCGACCAGCUGGGCGCCUACGACCUGCAGAUGGACGUGUGGGGCGGCGAAAACCUGGAGAUGUCGUUCCGGGUGUGGCAGUGCGGCGGGUCGUUGGAGAUCAUUCCGUGCAGCCGGGUGGGGCACGUGUUCCGCAAGCAGCACCCGUACACCUUCCCCGGCGGCAGUGGGAACGUGUUUCAGCGGAACACCAGAAGAGCGGCGGAGGUCUGGCUGGACGAAUACAAAAAGUACUAUCUGCUGCAAGUGCCGGCGGCCAGGACUGUCGAUGUCGGAGAGUAGGUCAAAAAAAGUAUUUUUUACUAGUUUGUCGGGAAAAUAAUGACCACUAUGCCACAUUAAAAAUCGCAUAGCCGCCGAGAAAAUGAAUUGUGUCGUGGCAAAAUCAAAUAGUUUCUUUUUUCAAUGACACGAUUGGCGCAGAGAUGUUGUACACAUUAUUUUCCCGACAGACUGACAAUUUUUUUUUUCUAUUUUUUUUGAUAAAAAAUGUAUUUUGUAGCCUCUCCGAACGCCGAGCAAUCCGUGACCAACUGCAAUGCAAAGAUUUUACGUGGUUUUUGAAGAACGUUUAUCCGGAAUUAAAGUGAGUUCUACAAUUUUUUUUUUUUUUUUUUUUUUUGAGAAGUUUUGCCUUGGUCCCCCCUGUUAAUAGAACCAAAAAAUAUUUAACUUUAGAAUCCCCUCGGCAACUCGUCGAUUUUCCAUUGGCCAAGGCUCCAUGUGUCUGGAUUCCUGGCACAAAAUUCAGAUCGAUGAGACCCCGCGAAUGGCGCAGUGCCAUUACAUGGGCGGGAAUCAGGAAUGGGUUUUCAAGGAGGAGAAGGGCCAACUCUCGCACGCCAAUCAACUCAUGUGCCUUGCUCUCACACCAAACGGGUUCUUGGUCAAUAAGCCUUGCAAGAUGGUAGGGGUUUUAUUAUCUAUUUUAAACGAAUUUUUCAAAAUUUUAAGCAAUUUUUUUUUAAAACUUGGGUACCGUUGGAAAGCAUUUAUUAAAAUUUUCGAAUAAUCUUUUCUGGCUUAUUUUGAGCAGAUAUACCGAAUAUUUUUCUUAGUUUUUCAUUUUACCGCCGUCCUUGCCCUUUUUUCCGACUUGCAACAGAAUGCCAAUAAAUUCGUUUAUUUGGCGGGAAAAUGCAAAUUCAAUUUUUUAUUCUUAUUUAGUAUAUGUGUGUCAAAAAGUGAAUGAAAUUUUCGUAUUUAAGGCUCAUUAUCGCCGAUUUUUCGGAUUGAAACACAAUGCCAAGAAAAGUAUUUUUUGGCGGGAAAAUACAAAUUCAAAUUUUUGAGCUGAUAUGUGAACCGUAGUUACCAAAAUUAAGCUAAAAAUAAUCACAUAAUGGCCACUCAAAAAUAUUUUAUCCACUUGCAACACAAUGCCAAGAAACUUAUUUUUUGGCGGGAAAAAUUGAAUUCAAAUAUUUUACUCCACCAUUCUCUUGUAAUUCACUGAAAUUUUCAGCCAAACACAAAGAAAUGGACGCUGAACCCUCAAACGGGACGUGUCGCCAACGACGGGCGUUGUUUAGCGCUGAUCCCGAAGUCCUCGGUCAGCGUGCAAGUGGAAAGUUAUUCAAUUCAAGCCAUGCCCUGCGAUCUAACCGACAUUCGACAGAAGUGGAUCUUAAAAGAGCUGCCAGAGGUCUAA